AUGAACUCUCUGGUGAGCCUCGUCGUGGUCGGUACGGCCCUGCUGGUGUGCGUCUCUGCCGGCGGUGUUGGGCUCGGCUACGGCGGACUCGGCUACGGAGGCGGCUUGGGCUACGGCGGUGGUGGCCUGGGCGUCGGCAGCAGCGUGGUCUUGCUCAGAGGCGGUCCUGGGUUCGCCAAGGCGGUGGCUGGCCCGACAUUUCUGGUGAGCACGGUGCACCACGUGAACAAGGUGCACGGUGGCGGAGCCAUCGUUGCGCACAGCGGACUGGGCGGCUACGGAGGAGGAUACGGCCUUGGCUACGGCGGCUACGGUGGCUACGGCAUCAAGGGAUAA